AUGUUGAGAGCGGCCGGCCAAAAUGAGAUUGCAGAUCACUGGAAUGACCAAUUAAAUGAGCGCAACAAAUUAAAACAUUCAGAAAACAUUGGUCAGAUUGUAAGUGACGAAAUGCAGUCAGAUAUUAAAAUGUAUGAGGACAAACAUAAUGUAGAAAUAGAAUUGAAACGUCUGCAAGAUAAAGAAAAACAUUUGGAAUAUCUUCAAAAACAAUUAUGUGAAUUAAACAAUCGAGAAACUGAGGCAAAACGUCUAGUUGAAAAAGAGAAAGAUUUAAUUAAACAAUUAGCUAAAAUUGAUCAACUUGAACAUGAACGACGUAUAAUUGAAGAAAAAUGUCAACGUGAGCUAUAUGGACGUGCUUUAUUACAUCAACAUCAAACAGCAUUACGUAGACGUUCAUUAUCUGUACAAAAUGAACUAAAAGCUGAUUUAGAUUGGUUAAAUCAAUUAACAGAACAAGAAAAUUUCGAUUAUGAAGCUGAUAUUGAAAGAAGACAAAAAGAAAAAGAAAAUAUUUUAGCAAUACAAAAAUUAGUUGAAUAUGAACUACAAAAAGAACAAAUUAGAGAAUUAGAAUUGAAUGAACUAGAAGUCUAUGAAGCAUCAAAAUUAUGGGCUAAACGUGAAGAAGAAUGGAGAAAUGAAACAGCCAUUAGACAAAAGCUUUUACAUGAGGUAAUCGAAGAUCGUCGUAAACAAAUCUCAGAUCAAUUAACUGCAAUUCAACAAUUUCAACAUGAUGAAUUAAUUUCAAGAGAGGAAUUAUUAGAAAAAAUUGAAAAUAUUAAUCUCUAUGAUAAACUUGAAGGAGCAACCCGUCAUGAUCAAGUGAAUGAACAAUGCUGUCAACUCAAUAAUCAAUUGGCUGAUAAAAUUAAAUCUAAUCAAUUCAUUGAAAAUGAAUUAAAAGCUGAUUUAGAAGCACAACAGAAAGCUGAAUUAGCUUAUGAAGUAAUGUUAAGAAAGAAGCGGAAAAUUUACAUUUAAAAGAGAAACAAUUAAGAAAUAUUACAUUUUAUAAGUCAAGUAAUGGAUAUUCA